AUGUCAAUAGCAGCAUAUCACGAAUCUCUUCCCUACAUUGACCCCGAACCCUCCGCCGAGGCCCUCGCCGCCGCGCGCGCCCUCAUCUCCGCCGAGCUCGCCGCCUCCCCCUCCACCGAGCCGUCCUCCUUCCUUGCCGCCUCCUCCGCCCGCGAGCCAUCCUUCACGCCGACCAUGACCACCGAGUUUGAACGCAUCGCCGCCCAGGUGCCCCUCCAGCCGCUCAACCUCUCCCGCUACGAGGCGCAGGAGCCGCCCGCCGACGCCCCCGACGCCGCCACCCUGCGCACGCCGCUCGAGCGCGCCUACGUGUCGGCGUCGUACCUCGCUGCGCGCAACCAGAACCUGCAGCUCCUCGACCGCGCGGGCAAGAACGCCUGGCUGCUCGGCAACUACGCCAUCGAGGCCGACCUCCGGGCCGUCGAGGCCGAGCUCGCGGCGACGAAGCGCGAGAUGGACCUCGUGAAUGCCGCGCGCGCCACGCGGCAGAACGAGGUCAAGGGCGAGAUGCAGACCCUCGAGGAGAACUGGAGGACGAGGGUCGGCAAUGUGCUCGAGACGGAGAUUGCCGUCGAGGAGCUGAGGCAGCAGGUCCGGGACGAGCUGCGGAAUCAGCACCGGCCACAGGAAUGA